UGGAAAAUGGUUUUACACAUUUUGUUUAAUUAAAAUAAUAUAUAAAAUGGGUAACGCAGAUACAAAACUAAACUUCAGAAAGGCUGUUGUACAGCUCACUUCUAAAUCACAGCCAAUAGACUCUUCAGAUGAUAGUUUCUGGGACCAGUUCUGGUCUGAAAGCGUGACUAAUGUGCAAGAUGUGUUUGCACUUGUCCCCGGGGCUGAGAUCCGGGCUCUAAGGGAGGAGUCUCCUAACAACUUAGCCACUUUAGUCUACAAAGCUGUAGAGAAAUUGAUGAAGACUGUAGACAGCAGCUGUAGGACACAAAGAGAACAACAAACAGCUCUCAACUGCGCUCGGCUGCUUACACGAGUGUUGCCAUAUAUGCUGGAAGAACCUGAGUGGCAUGGAUUCUUCUGGUCAUCGCUUCCAGCUGCUAGCGAAAAUGAUUCAGUGCCUCUCGCCCAGUCACUGAUUAAUGCUGUCUGUGAUCUACUAUUUUGCCCUGACUUUACGGUGGCAAGCACGAAGCGCUCAGGACCCGAGCGCGCGGAGGAGCUGUCGUCGCUGGACAGCUGCGAGUACAUCUGGGCGGGCGGCGUGGGGUUCGCCCGCAGCCCGGCGCGCUCCGCCCCGCACGAGGCGGCCCGCGCCGAGCUGCUGCGGUUGCUGCUCACCUGCUUCAGCGAGACCAUCUACAAGCCCGCGCCGCACACCGCCACCCAUCACAACAAGUGGAUCGCUUACUUGACGAGUCCAGACAACCGGCAUGCCUUACCGCUGUUCACGUCGCUGUUGAAUACUGUGUGCUCAUACGACCCGGUCGGACUAGGGCUGCCCUACAACCAUCUGUUGUUCGCUGACACACUGGAGCCGCUUGUAGAAGUGGCGUUACAGAUCCUGAUAGUUACAUUGGACCAUGACACAAGCAACACGGUCAACGAGGAAACUGACGAGAGUCUCCCGGACAAUCUGUUCAUCAACUACCUGUCCCGGAUACACCGCGACGAGGACUUCCAGUUCGCGCUGCGCGGCGUCACCCGCCUUCUGAACAACCCUCUCGCCCAGACCUACCUGCCCAACUCCGCCAAGAAGGUCAACCUGCACCAGGAACUGCUGGUCUUGUUCUGGAAGAUGUGCGAUUAUAACAAGAAAUUCAUGUACUACGUAUUGAAGAGUAGUGAUGUUCUAGAAGUGUUAGUUCCAAUACUGUAUCACUUAAACGACUCGCGCGCGGACCAGUCUCGAGUCGGCCUCAUGCACAUCGGCGUGUUUAUCUUACUGUUGCUGUCCGGGGAGAGGAACUUCGGUGUACGAAUGAACAAGCCGUACACAGCCACUAUACCGAUGGAUAUCCCGGUGUUCACGGGCACCCACGCCGACCUUCUAGUGGUGGUGUUCCACAAGAUCAUCACCACAGGACAUCAGAGGCUGCAGCCGUUGUUUGACUGUCUUCUCACUAUACUCGUUAAUGUGUCGCCAUACCUGAAGACCUUAUCAAUGGUGGCAUCAACGAAGCUGCUUCACCUCCUGGAGGCCUUCAGCACACCCUGGUUUCUAUUCUCGCAGCCACACCAUCAUCACCUCGUGUUCUUUCUACUAGAAAUGUUCAACAACAUGAUACAGUACCAAUUUGAUGGGAACUCGAAUCUAGUGUACACGAUCAUCCGCAAGCGGAGCGUGUUCCACAGCCUCGCCAACCUGCCGCACGAACACGCCGCCAUCGCUCGCUCCCUCACCGCGGCGCGCGCCCGCCCGGCGCCGCCCGCGCUCGCCCUGCCCAGGUCCCGCAGCGCGGAGAGCGUCCCGGAGGCCGCCAUGGAGGGCUCCCGGCCCGCGCUGCCCGCCGAGCCCGGGACACUCAACGCCACGCUCGCGGACACGCCCGCGAUAGCGACUAUGACGGAGCGCGAGUCAGCGCACCCGCCGCCACUGGAGGCGGAGGCGCGGGGGGGCAGCCCGGGGCGGCGAUUACUGCCCACGGCCACCUCUGACUCUGCUCAAGCGAACGGCUCAGACCCCGCACCGGACAGACACACUGUCAACCAUCGGGAUAGCAUCCGAGUGAGCUCGGGAGGAUCUGGUGGCGAGAGCGUGUCCGGUGGCGAGUGUGGCGAGGGUGGCGAGGGUGGCGAGUGGCGACCCAGCAGCGAGUGGGUCGGCAGCUGGCGCGGCAAGUUGCCGCUGCAGACCAUCAUGCGGCUGCUGCAGGUGCUGGUGCCGCAGGUCGAGAAGAUAUGCAUCGACAAGGGCCUAACGGACGAGUCUGAGAUCCUGCGGUUCCUGCAGCACGGCACGCUGGUGGGGCUGCUGCCGGUGCCGCAUCCGAUUCUCAUCCGCAAGUACCAGGCCAACGCUGGCACGGCCGCCUGGUUCCGGACCUACAUGUGGGGCGUCAUAUACAUACGUAACGUGGACCCGCCUAUCUGGUACGAUACAGACGUGAAGCUAUUCGAAAUACAGCGGGUGUGAUCGUAACACGCCUGAUGAUGACAAGGAUCUCGUUCGUGUACAGAAGGCGACAGUGUUCGCGGAACAAGUACAACGGGUAAAACUGCUUUCUUAUUAUGUAACGCGGUUGCUAACAAUUCUCUAUUGUAACCAAUUAGAUUAGCGAUAGUUACUUUUAGAUUUUUGAAUGUUUUAAAUAAUAUUAAAUUUGGAAAGUUAAAAAGGAAAGAAAGUGCAAUGCAAUCACUCACGUUUGCGCGCGCUAUCUUUCCCGCGAUAAAUUGCUCGC